GAAUAUAGAGUUACCUAAAAACAUGUAUGAAACUUUGAAUUUCGUCAUAAUGAGACAGAUGAAUGAAAUAAAAGUCAUACUCUGAACCUAACACCUACCCUCAGUACGUAUUAAAUUUGAGUGGGUACUAGUACUUAUGUCCUGCAAGAAGUACUUUCAAACAGCAAUAGUACAAAAAUUGAAGAAGUAGGAACAUAAUAUAUUAUUAUUAUACAUAGACAUAGACACACGAUCAGCGAAAACACAUAUUGUAACAACCAGAAAGUAUCCCCUAUUUGAAAAAAAAAAUGUAAUUAAUAUCAGUCCGCUGACAUGUAUGUACGUACGUUCGUAAGUAUGUACGUCUACGUACUACGUAUUGCAUCGUGUCCCUAUAAAGAUACAAUCCUCAAAGAGCGGGGACAUGCGUUUCUUUUCUUUAUUUUCAACCACAUGUGUUACAUAAGACUUGCACAAAUGAUAUUCCAAAAUAAUCGAGAGAAAGAGAGAAAGAGAGAGAAAAUGAGUGGUUAUCACUCAUUAAAAUUUUUGAACACUACAGUCUCAAGCAACGGCAUCCAAUUGUCAAAUGUCACUCGUGGUACAAGGUACUGGUGUUCUUACUCUUAUUUUCGUAUCGCGAUGCCUCUCGUAGAUUUCAAUAUGCGCGCCAAACCGAUAAAUUUUCACUUUGAAGAUCGAGAUUCGGAUUUUUUGUACGAUAAAUUCAACGAAUCGAAUAUUAUAAAAAAAGAAGUCGAAUACGAAUCGAUUUCUAGUGACUGCAAUAAUUAUGAUCAGAAUUUGGAAAAUUACAUGCUACAUAAUUUCAAUAUUCAGCCUCCGAUUGUUAAACGUAUGUUACCUUCGAUGGUACCUGGUACGAGGAAUUUUGUCGACUGCCCAGAUGAGUUUGAAAAACAUUCUUCCCUUCAAAAUAUGAUCUCAAAUCAGACUUAUUUGUCGUCUGAUGUACCGAAAUGCGAAGCAAAUGAGAAUUUUGGACAUUUACUAGACUUCUCUGAUUUUUACGAUGAUCUCAACUUGACCACUUCAACCGAUGAAUUGGAAUGUCUCGAUAAUAAUGAUUUCGUAAAUCAACUUUCUGAUAACCAGGUAGUUUUACCCCAAGAUGAAAGUUUAGUCUUGACUGAUCUCGUAGCUGAAUCCUUGUCAGAAGAAACAAAAACAUCCGAAUGUGAAGAUAUUCCUCACUGGACUUCGAAAGAUUCUCAUCAGUGUCACUGGGUCGGAUGCAGUAAAGAACUACUUUCUCAAGAAGCCCUAGUUCAUCACAUCGAAAAAAAUCACGUCGAUUCGAGGAAAUCGGAUGAAUUUGUAUGCUUAUGGCAACCCUGUCCGAGACUUUUGAAACCAUUCAAUGCUCGUUACAAGCUUCUAAUUCAUAUGAGAGUGCAUUCUGGAGAAAAACCUAACAAAUGUCCGUUUUCAGGAUGUACGAAAGCUUUCUCGAGACUGGAAAAUCUUAAAAUUCAUCAGAGAUCUCAUACCGGAGAACGGCCUUAUGCUUGUCAAUUUGCUCAAUGCUCAAAGGCAUUUAGCAACAGUUCAGAUCGAGCGAAACAUCAACGAACCCAUUUUGAUCAGAAACCGUAUGCCUGUCAAAUCGAAGGAUGCAAUAAACGAUACACUGAUCCGAGCUCGUUAAGAAAACAUAUCAAAAUCCAUACUUCAGUAUCUCAAAAACAUAAAACACUUCGUAAAAUUAAUUACGUUAACAUAUCUCCUGUUGUGAAAAAACAAGUCAGUCAGAAUGUUCUAGCAAAAAAAAUGUUUGAGAAAGACAAAUUGAAGUCAAAUAGAAAAUCCAAACAACUAAAAGAACACAUCACUCAUCAAAAAAAUAAAUCACCAGAGUACCAUGCAAUUAAAACUGAGGCAAACGAUUCGUCAUACAUAUUGCCAGAUGAAUUUUCAAUAUAUCCAGACCACGAAUCAUACGACGAUUUUUCAUCGCCUCAAGUUAAAAAUGAGAAAUAUUUCGAUAAUUUACUUACAGAAAAUAUUCGAUGCAAAGAUGAAUUUGAUAUGAUCUCGACGAGUAAAGACUCGAUGAUGUAUUUUGAUCUGGAAAAUGGACUAUUUGGUGAAACUGAGGAUAUUAAAACGCAAGACGCUGAGUUUCAUGAAGAUGGCUUCUUCUAUACUUAGAAAAUUAGUAGAUUAAGAUAAGAAUUAGAUUUCUAGAUUUCGUUUUUAAUAGGUACACUUUAUGGUCUCAUUUUGCUUUCGUGAAUGAUCUCUUUAUGUGAUUGUAUAAUUUGUUUACAUUAUAAGGAAAUCAUUAUCAUUAUAUUGUGUGUGUGUGUGCGUUUUUUAUGCUUGGUACUUAUUAGGCACCUAAUUCUUUCUUCUUUUUUUUUUUAUAUAAAAAUGUGUUCUUUUCUGUACUGUAGGUACCUAUCCCUAAUGUUGGGUUACUUAAUUGUAUGUAUACUUAAGUGUUAUGAGAGUGCCUAUUGAGCAUUUUAAAUGUACAUAUUUUCCAUUUUUUCAAUCCUUCUUUAGAAUAGUUGAAUGUUAGAAAAUGAAAUCACAGUGUUGUAUUAAGAUUUAAGUAGUCAUGUUAUCUUCAAUCAUGAUCUCUUCAUGUUCAAGAUCUGUAAUAAAAUUAUA